GUGGUACAAGCUUCGCUCCAAACCAGGGAAGAAGGAAAAGGAGAGAGGGGAGAUUGAAGUGGAUAUCCAGUUUAUGAGGAGCAACAUGACAGCCAGUAUGUUUGAUCUGUCCAUGAAAGACAAGUCUCGCUCUCCCUUUGGCAAGCUCAAAGACAAGCUCAAGGGGAAGAGGAGCAGUGGCCUUUCCGACACGGCAUCGGCGAUCAUUCCCAGCACGACUCACUCGCCUGCUGACAGCGAAGAUGAAUCGGUCGAGAAGGAAAAGAAGAAAUCAAAGUUCAAAACCCUGUUUUCCAAACCUGGCCUGCAGAAGACUUCCCUCUCCCAGUCCAUGUCAGUCCUACCGACGCAGCAGCCCGUCACCGAGAAGGUUCGGCUUCGGCCCAGCGACUUCCAGUCGCAAUGGGACGACGAGGAGUCGGAGACCUCUCCAACCUCAGAAAAAGCCUUUGGAAAUGCCCUGGAAGAGAAGUCCUCUCCUUCUCCCAUAUUUAAAUCUCGUAAAACAGCAACUUUGGACAGCAGGCAACUAAACCAAGUAACCACUAGCCACACCAAGAAAGAAGGGCUCUCCUUAUUCAGUGGCCUUAAAUCCAAAAGCGAUCCUGUUUCCAAGUCUAGUCUGUGUAUCAAUGGCAGUCAUGUUUAUAUGGAAGAGGGCACGACGAAGGACAACACUCCAGUCUCUUCCCCCUCUCCUCUCAACUUCAGGAGGAAGCAGCUCUUUGCUUCAGAAGAGAACUUGUCUUCUAGAUCUACUAAAGGACCUGAAGAGACGGGAAGAACAUCUCCUAGUUAUGCUUUCUCUGGGUCUGCAUCCUUGGAGACCUUUAAAUCUAUGACUUUGCCGUCAUACAAAUUGCUUAGCAGUGAAGAAUACCCAGAAACCAGCGUUGCUCCAACUGUCGAGGUUAUUAAAGAGACCAAAAAAACGGACCACAAAAAGUCUGCCUUGCUCUCUCUGGUCACAGGGAAGAAGGAGGCAGCGAAGACCAUUGAUGCUGAGAAUAUUCCUGACAGGACCCUGCAGGAUGAGGAAAACAAAGUUCCAGAAGAGAAGAGCGAACAAGAGGCCAAACGUCUUGAACUUCCAGCAGAUUUAAGCAGAGGGAAUCCUUCAGAAGACAGUCACCGUGCGGAAGACGUCUUUGCAAAUAAGCAGCCGCUCAACCCUUUCGAAGAAGAAAGGAAACCUGAAAAAGCUGCUGCACCGGCAAAGACCAAAGCUGUCAAGCCCAGGCUCCAUCCUGUGAAGCCAAUGAAUGCCACAGCAAACAAGUCUCAAAGUAAAAACCUGAAUGUCAUCAGCACUAUGAAUGAAAAGCUGCUCGAGAUGAACGUGAAGAAAUAUGAUCCUUCAGAUCCUGCCUAUGCCUAUGCUCAGCUUACACACGAUGAGCUGAUCCAGCUGGUCUUGAAACAGAAGGAUACAAUUACCAAGAAAGAUAUCCAGGUGCGUGAGCUUGAAGACUACAUCGAUAACUUGCUUGUCAGAGUCAUGGAAGAAACCCCAAACAUUCUUCGUGUUUCGAUGUCUGGAAACAAAAAAGCUGGCAAGAUGUAA